AUGGCCGUCAGACUUCUUCUGCGCCACGUGACGCGCCUGUGUCUCCGUAUCACCGUCCGUCGCCUGCCUCGCCCCAUUCGACUCUCUUCCUAUACCCCACCAUCUCAUACUCUUGCUACCUUUGCAACCUUCAGUGGCAACUCAUCCGAGGACAUUGACUUGAUUUCCCUUCGAAGACGUGUACACAGCACAGACUUGGCUGUUCCCUUCCGAACUUCCCUUGACGCCGCCGCCUCUUUGAAUGGCUUGUACGAUCCAUCUCUGGUGGAACGCGCACUAGUGUCUGUAUCUAUGAAGUUGGCUUCCGACUCGGGCCCGGCUUCGGAUAACCAAUCUCAUGCCGCCGCAAUUGAAGAAUUCGUAAGAAGGUUCAAUGGUGAAUUGACUGUGUUGGCCGACUUCAUUCGUUCGUCCUACGCUUCCUCUCUUGGUUCUCUCUCGCAAUUGUCUGCGGUAGAACUUUCUAAUGUGAUCUAUAUCUUCAGAGAUAUGUAUACGAAGGGGAAAGUUCCCGCAGUGGACCUGAAGAACUUGGCCGCUUACGAUGACAUGGUGGCUUCGUUCUGGUCUUUGCUUGAACAUUCCGGAGAUCGUUCCCGCGUACCUUACAUUGUGGGCUCGCUCUUGGAAAGCUCCAGGCUGAUCUAUGUGGACUUGUACACCCUGGGAAUUGGCAAUUUUCUCUCAGAGCUCCGGGUUUUGGCCACAGAAUUCGACUUCACAACUCUUAAAUCUUUGGAUCCAGUGGUGGCAAAAAUUUCGGCCCUUGUAUCGGAAUUCUCAAGGUACUUACAAGACCAUGAUUCAACCCACGACUACGAUCUGGAGUUUUUCCGCGUGGUAAUCUACGUGCUGCGCUAUAGAAAGCUCCAGGACAUCUUGGUGGCCGUGGGCCAGAAGAACAUUUCGCCUCGGGAUCUCCUUGCGUUGACCAAAGAUCCUUCUGCAGAAUCUAUUCAACAAUUGCUUGGUGCCGAGUCAGGCGAGCCCCAGAAACUUGAGGACUUGUUCUUUGUUCAUCAUCGCAAUUUCUUCAAUGUCAUAUACACUAUGGUCGGACUUCCCCAGUUCGAUACCAUUUUUGCAACCCUUUAUCUGGAAGCACAGAAACCAGGGUACACCGAGAGUGAAAAGUCUCAAAUGGAUAACUUUUUGGAGACAUUUUUGCCCUUGGUAUGUGGCGGUCUCGUUCCCAUUGACGCCUUACAAAAUACCAAGUAUUCUUGUCUCCCCGUGAGAUAUAAUGGCAAAGUGCUUGCUCCAUUUAAAGUUUCGCACAACAUAUUCGACAAUUACGGUUUUUCUUUGGCUGUGCUCUUCGACAUUCCGUCCUACUUAUAUUUGAUCGAAACUGCUUCCACCCACCUCAAAAAACCUUUUGAGGCCAGCUCAAUUGAAGAGGUCUCUAAAGUUCUUCAUUUGGCUGUUAAGGGAAGUUCUCUUAUGGAGAAUGAAAUCAAUGCUUUUGUUGCUUCUUUGAAGGAAAUGCACCCUUAUUGCAUUCACAAUCUUCGGAUUCUUGACCAAUUAGUCAGUCAAGCACCAUUGAUCCGGGCAACCAAUGAGAAAGUAUCUCAUUAUGCCUAUGUUGCGAAAGUCGACCCUGAGAUCGUUGACUUGACCUCUACUAUGGCUGCGUCAGGUGGGGCUCAUGGCUCCUCACAAAGUUCAAUCCGAGUUAACGGUCGGGAAUUAUCUGAUUUUAAGAAUGAGCUUGCUGAUUUUAAAUCCAAGGAUUUAUGUGAAAUACCAUAUACUUCAAUUGGUGAUGUGAAUGUCAUCAAAUUGUUAUCAUCUAGAGUUUCAGAUGUCAUUUCGAGCGAUGUCUCCAAAACAGACUCUGCAGUUAACCCCGAGAAUGUCGCUAGCUACGCAACUAUUCUCGAGUUGCUAACUGCCACUUUCGACAUUAACGGAGGAGAUGUCACAUUGCUUGAAAGUCUUAUCAAGGAUGUGAAACCUAAAGAGCUAUUCUUCCCUGAAGUGACUACUGAAUAUUGUCAGAUUCCGGAAUAUCUCAAAAUUCAUGACUUCACUACCGAGCUUGAAAUUCUCAGACUGGAUGAGCUCAAGUCUCCAUUCAAAGAUUAUACGCCUGAACAGAUCCUUAGAUUGAUGAAAGACCGCUUUGUUGAGUUCAAUGAUGGGCUUCCAAACUCGAAUCCAUCCUCUAGAAUGGUUCCAGCUAACUUAGCCAGAUUCAUGAGAUUGUCUGGUCGUUUGAAACAACUUUUUGAUCUUAAUAAUGGAAACACUGAAGUUUUGGACGCUGUCCUAGGAUCCCAUUCCGAGCUCCAAAAAUUGGAAGCUAGACUCGAGACUCAGCGGAAGGAGCGGGAAGUAAAGAAAGAAUUCGAGCAAGAAGCAAAGAAAGCUUCGGAACCAGAUACAAAAAGUUUGUACGCACCUGGACCCUAUCUUCAGAUUCCUGAUAAAAUGCAGUUGCAUGAAUUUGUAAAAGAAUUGGAGAUUUUCAGACACGAUGAUUUGAGAUCUUCAUUCAAAAAUUUUUCAGCUGAAAAGAUAUUGGGAUUGAUGCAGAAGAGAAUCAAGGAGAUAUAUAAUGAUUUGCCAUGCACUAAUCAUGCUCUGCGAAUGUCUAAAGAUAAUUUGAUUGCGUUCAUAAAGUUACAUGCGAAACUCGAAAAGUUAUUGGCCUGGAAUGGAGGAAACACUGGUAUAUUGGAUACCCUUAUCCACUCUCAAUCCGUUUUCAAUGAUUUUGAGGAUAAGCUCAGCAAGAGAAAGGAAACCAAUGACGCAAGAGCAUCAAGUUCUGUCACUACUUCAGAGAAUAAUGUUUAUAGGCAGCUCAUGGAUGAUAUGAUGUUUGAAGAAUUUGCGGAAGAGUUGAUGGCUAUCAAGCAAAAGAUUGGAAGAAAUUUUAAGUCUUCGACUCCAGAUGAGAUUUUGACGGCAUUGCAAGAGCUAACCGAUUCUGAAACAAGUAUGGAUUCCAAGGUGUUGCUUGGAAAGCUCUCGCGCAAUUUGAAGGUUUUGUUCAAACACAACAACGACCAGACAUUCGUUUUGGAUAAUGUAUUGUUGAAUGUUGAAGCCUUCAAGUCUUUCGAGAAGAAUUUAGAAGACAGUAAAUCUGCUGAUAAUAAGUUUGACAUGUCUGAAUUUUUGAAGGAUGAAAAAUGUGCUGCAUCUCCGGUUGAUUAUCAUAAAGAAGACUAUGUGUUAUCGUUGCUAAAUUCCAACAGCACCCCUGCUGGGUUGGAUUUAGAAACUGAUGUUACGAUUAAAGAAGCAGUCACAAGCGCGUUGAGCAAAGCAGAAAACAAGCUCUUUGAGGAGGACCCAGAAGAGUAUGCCGCCAUCAAUAAUUUGACAGCACAGAAAAUCAGGGAGUCUUAUGCUAAGCAUAACAUUUCGACUAAGGAAUUUAAACGCAUUGAUAAGGAAUCUUUAGAAAAAUUUUUGAAGAGCACCAAGGUUGAGAGUGACAAGCAGGCAGAACAAAAGUGGCGUGAAAAGCAAGCUUAUGAGUGGAGCAGCACCAUGGCCAACAGUCAGCGCUCAUUGGAGUCCGGCAAUUUCUUUAAUUCGCUUUCCCUUAGAAGGAAGUCUAGUGAUUUUCCAAUGUUUCCUGCUACUGAAAUUAAGGAAUACUUGGUUUUGACACCCGCUGGACAAACCUUCACAUCCAAAGAGAAUCCCUUGGGAUCCAAUCAUGUUGCAGAAGAUAUGUUGGCUAUUCUUGAUAAGUUCAAUGAAUCUGAACUCGAGAAAUUCUCCAAGAAUGUCAAGAAGUUGCAAAAGAAACACUGGAAACUCAUCGGCGGUGGGGGUAGCGAGAGAAUGUUAGUGUUGAGCAGACCAACGGUGGCUCGUAAGAAGAAGGUUUUGACCAGGAUUAAGACUUUGUUGGCGUCAACAGGAAGUGUGUUCUUAGCAUUGAUUGGCCUCAAUAUCUGGUUAGAUGAUAUCCAGCAAGACGUUCCUCAGCAAGUUCCAAUUACCGAAGAUGGGGUGGAGAACCAAGAGGUGGUUGUUGUCAGCGAGCCCCAGCCUGUGCCGGAAGUUGUUUCUACUCCAUUACCAAAGUCAUCUAGCAAAUCUCUCUGGCAGAGAUUGAUGUGGAAGGACUAG